AUCAGAGAGAGGAAGAUGGCGGUGGAUGGAGUUAGCGGGGCAGCAUCGAUCACCGAAAAACUCGAUUGGGUUUGUUUUUCCUAACUGAGUUAAACAUUCUGAAACAACGCCUGGUCCUGCAGUUUGAACCCGGAGAGAAGAAGCGCUAACAAGCAGUGGUCCACAGUGCCUGUGCCUGCCUGCCAGCCUCUUCCACCAUCCUCAAACCUUCAGGACAAUGGAGUUCCCAUGGCACAGUGGGAAGGUUCUGGAGCAGCUCAACCGCCAGCGCAAGCAGGGCCUGCUGUGUGAUUGCACCUUUGUUGUGGACGGGGUGGACUUCAAGGCCCACAAAGCUGUGUUGGCGGCCUGCAGUGUCUACUUCCGCACCCUCUUCCUGGACCAGAAAGAUGUGGUGCAUCUGGACAUCAGCAAUGCAGCAGGUUUGGGUCAGGUCCUGGAGUUUAUGUACACAGCCAAGCUGAGUUUAAGUCCACAGAAUGUAGAAGACGUGCUGGCUGUUGCUAACUUUCUACAGAUGCAAGAAAUUGUAAAUGCCUGCUCUGCGUACCAGUCAAUGGCAAAUCCAGCUCCGUCCCUCAUAACAUUGGAUUUUGCCGUUGAAGAAAAAACAGAUGAAGGAGAGCAGAGAGAGGACCCGGAGAGUGACCUGGCAGAAGUGGCAUCACAAGCAGCAGAGGAGAUUCCUCCUAGCACCCCCACAGCAGAUAAAGAGCCCACACAAAAUCAAGAAAAUGUAAAGGAAGACAUCUCUGCUGAAACACAACAGACUGUUUGUCAGGCCAAUCCCGCUAGAACCCACUCAGGCAGAGGACGCCCCCCCAAAACCACCCCCCUUUCUGUUCAAAAGAAGAUAUCUGUAAAGAAGGAGAAGGAAGAAAGUGCUGCACAGGAUGCGCCUAGAUUUCAGGAUGACCCCUCAGAUGCUGACUACACGCCCAACUCAUUGUUGAAAUCUGCUGGCAGUUCAUCCUACCUGAGCUCUCGGGGGAGAAGAAUCAGAAAACCUCGUAGACGAAACUUCUCACCUGACAAUGACUCGGAAGAUGAAGGCACAUCAAAAACAAAAUCUAGGAAGAGGGUGGCGGUGCCAGCAGAAGUGACCGGAGAACAGGAUGAUGACUCUGGGGAGACUGGUGACGGGGAAGCUGAUGAUGAAGAGGGGGCCGGAGAAGAAGAUGACGAAGUUAGCCACGAGGUGGGAGGAGCUGAUUCAAGCAGUGAGAGAGCUCAGUCAGCGUCUAUGAGCAGCCGAUCCGAGUCAAAGCCUUACAGCUCCAUAACACACAAAUGUGAGGACUGUGGGAAGAAAUUCACCCACACUGGUAAUUUUAAAAGACACAUGCGUAUUCACACAGGAGAGAAGCCUUUCAGCUGUAGGGAUUGCAACAAGGCUUUCUCUGACCCCGCUGCCUGUAAAGCCCACGAGAAAACACACAGCCCUCUGAAGCCAUACUGCUGCUCAACUUGUGGGAAGAGCUACCGGCAGAUCAGCCUGCUCAACCUGCACCGCAAACGGCACACGGGCGAAGCGCGGUACAGCUGCGAAGUGUGUGGCAAGCUCUUCACCACAUCUGGCAACCUGAAGCGCCACCAACUGGUGCACAGUGGCGCGAAGCCGUACCACUGCGACUACUGCGAGAAGUCCUUCUCUGACCCGACCGCCAAGAUGCGCCAUCUGGAGACGCACGACACGGAGAAGGGCAACAAGUGUCCACACUGCGACAAACGCUUCAACCAGCUGGGAAAUCUUAAGGCUCACUUAAAAAUCCAUAUUGCAGACGGGCCUCUCAAGUGCAAGGAAUGUGGCAAACAGUUUACCACUUCAGGAAAUCUGAAGAGACACCUGCGGGUUCACAGUGGAGAGAAACCGUACAUCUGUAUGCACUGUCAGAGAGCUUUCAGUGACCCUGGAGCUCUGCAGCGGCAUGAACGCAUCCACACAGGAGAGAAGCCCUGUGUCUGUCUUAUCUGUGGCAAGGCCUUCACCCAGGCCAGCUCACUCAUCGCUCACGUCCGCCAACACACCGGAGAGAAACCCUACGUGUGUGAUCGCUGUGGCAAAAGGUUUGUGCAGUCCAGCCAACUGGCCAAUCACAUUCGGCAUCACGACAAUGUCCGGCCGCACAAGUGUCAGAUGUGCAACAAGGCAUUUGUUAAUGUGGGAGACCUGUCGAAGCACAUUAUCAUUCACACAGGGGAGAAACCUUUCCUGUGUGACAAAUGCGGCAGAGGGUUCAACCGGGUGGACAAUCUGCGUUCUCACGUCAAGACCGUCCACCAAGGCAAGGCCGGCAUGAAGCGGCUAGUGCUAGCCGGAGGCAGCGCAGACGAAGGGGCUGAUGGGUGUGCAGGGGCAUCCACCUCUGACAGCGAGAUCAACAUAGUUACUGUGACCACAGAGGACAUUGUCACCCUGGCAACAGAGGCCCUGGCAGCCAGUGCUGUAGCUCAGCUGACAGUAGUUCCAGUGGCUGCUUCAGUGUCUGCAGACGAGACAGAGGCUUUGAAAGCUGAAAUCACCAAGGCCGUAGAGAAAGUGCAAGAAGCAGACCCCAACACCCAGAUCUUGUAUGCUUGUGAUUCGUGUGGUGAUAAAUUCUUGGACGGCAGCUCCCUAGCCCAGCAUGUACGCAUCCACACAGCUCAGGCCCUAGUCAUGUUUCAGGCAGAUUCAGACUUCUACCAAUACACCACAGCCACCACCACCGCUGAGGGGGAUUCUGCCACAACAUGGCAACCCACAUCUGAACAGGUCAUCCAGGGAGGAGAGCUGAUCUUCCGUGCGCAGGAUGGAGAGGGAGAGGCAGAAGGAGCGAUGGCGAGUGAGACACAAGGACAAGAAGAAGGGUCGGGAGGGGGGAAUCAUGAGGGCGGAGAGGUGGAAACCAACACUGAGCUCCACACAGAGGGAAAGGAUGAAGCUGCAGCAGAGGUAGAGGAGGAGAAAGAAGAGGAGACUGAAUGUGAGAGUCAGGCAUAGUGGUGCAGCUUUGUGAAGAGUGUAUGUAACAUUGGUUGCAACAGAAAUCGAAUUUAUACAGGAACAGGAAAUACAAGAAAAGUGAGUUGAUGAAGCCUCAUAGUUUAAACAUGCCAUGAUGUUAAAAAUAAAUCUGAACUGGAUUCAUAAGAUACAACACUUAUUAAACAGAAUUAUAUUAGGGUGUAUGGUCAAAAAUCAUGUUAUUGCAGUUCUUAUUCCAGGAAAUGAGGUGUGAGAUCAAGUGAUUUGGUAAAUAUUGUUGGGAUUUAUUUCAGAGAUGAAUAUAUUACUUUGUAUAGUUUAUUUUUAGACUGAAAUGCAGGACUAUGCAUUGUUCUUCGUAUAAAACAUGUAGAUCAAUUCUGUCUGACCUAAUAUAACUUAAAUAAAGACUUCCGUGUUACCCAGUCAAAAUAUUUGGCUGUACUCAGUUUCACGUUGAUACCAAGACAGCUUUUUUUGGUAUUGCAGUAAAUUGGUCACAUGGUAUGAAGACAGUUCCCUGCCACCAAUGGUUUUAUGGCACUAGUUUGUUUAUAUUAACACAUGCAGCAUGCCCUGUUUAAUAUCAGUAACAUUGCUUAGACUCACUGGAAGUCAUCAUCUGAUUAAUAAACAAUUAUCACACAGA